AUGAAGUUCCUCUCCAUUACCGCGGCCCUCCUGGCCACCCUCACCACCGCCCACCCCGUCUUCGACGACCUCAUGGUCCCCUCCACCCCACUCGACUACAAACGUGCCCCCGCCGCCUCCCUCCGUCAAGUCUCUGACUUUGGCGCCAACACCUCCAAAGUCAAGAUGUACAUCUACGUCCCCGACAAGCUCGCCGCCUCCCCGCCCAUCAUCGUCGCCAUCCACUACUGCACCGGCACCGCCCAAGGGUACUACAACAACUCGCCCUACGCCCGUCUCGCCGAUCAAAAGGGUUUCAUCGUCAUCUAUCCCGAGUCGCCCUACUCCGGCACCUGCUGGGACGUCUCGUCUCGCGCCACCUUGACGCACAACGGCGGGGGCAACAGCAACUCCAUCGCCAACAUGGUCGACUACGCCCUCAAACAAUACAAAGGCGACCCCACCAAAGUCUUCGUAACCGGCUCUUCGUCUGGAGCAAUGAUGACCAACGUCAUGGCCGCCACCUACCCCGCCCUUUUCGCCGCUGGCAUCGUCUACUCCGGAACCCCAGCAGGCUGCUUCUACUCGCAAUCAGGCGGCACCAACGCCUGGAACAACAGCUGCGCCAACGGCCAGGCGCGCGGCACCCCCCAGGUCUGGGCAAAGAUGGUGCAUGACAUGUACCCUGAUUACGAAGGGGAGAGGCCCAAGAUGGAGAUAUACCAUGGCAGCUCCGACAGCACGCUGAAUGCGAAUAAUUAUAAUGAGACGAUCAAGCAGUGGGCGGGCGUUUUCGGGUUCGAUUACACGAAGCCCGAUGCGACGGCGCAGAAUACGCCCCAGAGCGGGUAUACGACUUAUACGUGGGGAGAGGGAAAGUUGGUGGGUAUUUAUGCGAGGGGGGUCGGGCAUACGGUGCCGAUUCGGGGGGCGGAUGAUUUGAAAUACUUUGGGUUGUAA